GGGGAGCGGCAAUUCAAAUUGGGGGAAGAAAGGAACAAAGAAAUCGAUACGGAGAAUAAACGCGAUGCCACCAUCGUCGCGUCUUCUCUAGGGUUUCGUCCAUACUUUUUUACUCUUUUUUCCUCACUUUCCCCAUUUCUUCAUCGUAUUCAAAUUUCAAAUUCAUACUUCGUGUACGGGGCAGAAAUUCGUGUUUUUUCGACCUUUUGUUUAUUGUAACUUUUUAUCUUCACUCCAUCCCUUGUAAGUUCAUCCCGAUCUGCGGUUAUCUGAAGUUUUGAUUUCUUUGCUCCAACGAAUUGAAAUUGGUUUGCUCUGACAUUGUUGCUUCUGUACCGGAUUUGGAUUAACUGGUGGCUGGUGUAAUUAAAGAAGCCGACUGGGGAUUGGUUGAGAAAAGGAAGGGAAAGGAGGAGGAGAAGGUGAUUGAUGUUUGUAUAAUAUUAGAGCUUGGGGACAAAAGAUAUUCAAUCAUUACUCAUCAAAUUCAAAGGUUGUGAUUUGGGUUUGGUAGUUCAGGGUUCCUUCAUCGUUUGCUUGACCAGCAUAAUUUUCCGGCCAGCUCGAACCUGAGCUCUUGAUGAGAAACGAUGCUGUCGAAAGUUGAUUCAAAGAAGAUUGGGAGUCGCUCUGGGAGUGAGAAGUUGUUGAAUGAGAUAGAGACCAUAAACAAAGCACUUUAUCUGAACAAAAAUUUAUCUAAGAAUUCAAAUCCUGUAGCUAAUAUUCGACAAAGACAUACGGGUAAAACCAAUUUGCCCGAUCCCAAGUUGAAGCCAAAAAGCAGUAAUGAAGAUCCAACACGCAAGGAAAAGAAAUCUAUUUGGAGUUGGAAGUCUUUAAAGCCGUUCUCCCAUGUUCGAAACCGCAGGUUUAAUUGUUGUUUCUCUCUCCAAGUUCACUCGAUUGAGGGGUUACCUUCUGAUUUGGACGAUUUUAGUCUAAUUGUAUUCUGGAAGAGGCGGGAUGGCUUAUUGGUAACUAACCCUAAGAAGGUCGUACGGGGCAAGGUAGAAUUUGAAGAGGUGUUGAACUGUACUUGUACAGUACAUGGUAGUGGAAAUGGACCUCAUCAUUCUGCAAAGUAUGAGGCCAAACAUUUUUUACUCUAUGCUUCUGUAUAUGGUGCUUCAGAGGUUGAUUUGGGGAAGCAUCGGGUUGAUCUCACAAGGUUUCUUCCCCUAACAUUGGAGGAGUUAGAAGAAGAAAAGAGCUCCGGAAAGUGGGCUACAAGCUUUAAAUUAUCUGGUAAGGCUAAAGGUGCCACAAUGAAUGUUAGUUUUGGAUACACAGUAGUAGGUGAUAAUUUACCCGCCCCUGGAAAUCAUAUCGGUGAUUCCGUAAAGGGGAAGCAGAAUAAGUAUGAUAUUGGGAAAUCCGAGAUGGUGGUUGGUGAAUCUGGUAGUAGAAGCAGAAUACAGAAUACUGAGAGUAUUCCUAGAAAGAUGAACUAUAAUUCUCUUGAAUCAUCCCAGACGGUAGAUGAUAUAAAGGAUCUUCAUGAAGUUCUGCCAGUACCUCAGUUAGAACUUGCCAAGUCGGUAGAUCUAUUAUACAAAAAAUUUGAUGAUGGUAAAUUGGAUGCUUCAGCGGACAGCAACCCUGAGUUCAAUGGAUGUAUUGAAGAUUCUCAUCCAAUGAAAUCUGAUUCUUACCUUUCUGCCCCCGAGAAAGAAAAUUCUGAUGUUGAUUGUGGAACCGAGUUCUCAUUCAUUGAACGAGGGAUUGAAGUGUCUUCUGAGGAACAGGUGGAGAAAAUUGAAGUAGGGGUUGAAGUGUCUUCUGAGGAACAGGUGGAGCAAAUCGAUGUAAAAGAUGUUGAUUCCUCUACAGUUGGAUGCCCUGUUGACAAUGUAUCACCGAUGGCUCAUGAAGAGGGUAGCAGGGUUACUGCAUGCGAUGGUUUUUCCAAUGGCGAUGAUAUUUAUACCAAAGAAUCCAUCCUGAAGGAGUUGGAGUCAGCUUUGAGUUGCGUGUCUGAACUGGAGUCGGCAGCAAUGGAGUCUCCUGAGGAAGAGCAUUUGAACUUAAAAUUUAAGUCAAGUGAUGAACCAACUGAAGAGGGCAUGUCCCUUGAUUUAGAUGAUGAAUUUUUGGAAAGUAAAGGGAUCCCCCUUGAUUUAGAUGAUGAAUAUUUGGAAAGUGAUUUCUUACGUAUGUUGGGGCUUGAGCAAAGUCCAUUUGGCUUGAGUUCUGGAAGUGAGCCAGAGUCUCCAAGAGAGCGGCUAUUACGACAAUUUGAGGAAGAAGCUGUAGCAGGUGGUUAUUCUCUGUUCAAUUUUGAUGAUGAAGAUGAAAAUUAUUCAGCAUAUGUUUAUGAUUUUAAUGCAAGUUCUGAGCUCGGAGACAUGGCUGAUACAGCUUUUGAUAUGCCAUCGCCUGUAAAUGCUAAUGAAGGCAUGUGCUUCGUAGAUGAUGAAGCAAUGAGGAGUAAGAUGAAGGCCAAGAUGUUGGAAGAUUUGGAGACAGAGGUUUUGAUGCACGAGUGGGGCUUGAAUGAGGAAGCCUUUCAACAGUCGCCAUCGAGCAGCUCUCAUGGGUUUGGAAGUCCAGUUGAUAUGCCUUGUGGAGACCCAUUUGAAUUGCCUCCUCUUGGAGAAGGACUGGGUUCAUUUAUCCAGACAAAGAGUGGAGGUUUUUUGCGAUCUAUGAAUCCUGCAAUUUUCCAGAAUGCUAAGAGCGGUGGGAACCUGAUUAUGCAGGUUUCUACCCCCGUGGUAGUACCUGCCGAAAUGGGUUCGUGUGUAAUGGAGAUACUACAGCGUCUGGCCUCGGUUGGAAUUGAGAAACUUUCUAUGCAAGCAAAUAAGUUAAUGCCUUUGGAAGAUAUAACUGGGAAAACAAUGCAACAAGUAGCGUGGGAAGCUAUUACUACUUUGGAGGGUUCUGAGAGGCAAUGUGCGCCUCAGAGUGAACCGGUGUUUGAGCAAGAUCCAUUUGAUAGACGAAAAACUUCCAUGGGCAGAUCAUCUGGUUCUAGGCACGAAACGUAUAGUAAAACCUGUAAACAUGGUGAGCCCGAGACGGAAUAUGUAUCCUUAGAAGAUGUUGCUCCUCUAGCCUUGGACAAGAUUGAAGCCCUUUCAAUGGAAGGGCUGAGGAUACAGUCAGGAAUGUCUGAGGACGAGGCACCUUCUAACAUAAGUGCACAGUCUAUAGGAGAAUUUUCAGCUCUUCAGGGCAAGGGAAUCGACAUUAGUGGGUCGCUUGGACUGGAGGGAACCGCUGGAUUGCAAUUGUUGGACAUAAAAGACAAUGGUGAUGAUGUUGAUGGAUUAAUGGGUCUUUCUCUCUCUCUUGAUGAAUGGAUGAGAUUGGAUUCUGGGGAACUUGAUGAUGAAGAAAUUAUCAGUGAACAUACUUCUAAAGUACUCGCUGCUCAUCAUGCUAAUUCCUUGGACUUCAUUCGUGGUGGCACAAAAGGAGACCGAAGGCGAGGAAAGAGUUCUAGCCGAAAGUGUGGUUUACUGGGUAACAACUUCACCGUGGCACUCAUGGUACAACUCCGUGAUCCGUUGAGAAAUUAUGAACCAGUUGGUGCCCCAAUGCUUUCUCUUAUCCAAGUGGAGAGAGUGUUCAUCCCACCAAAACCCAAAAUAUACAACACGGUCUCUGAGAUACGAAACAAAUAUUAUGAUGACGAUGACGAGAUCAUUGCAAGAGUAGAGAUAAAGGAAGAACCGGAGGAGAAAGCUUCUGAACAACAACAAGGCAUUCCUCAGUUCAGAAUCACAGAAGUUCAUCUCUCGGGUAUCAAAACUGAGCCCAAUAAGAAACUCUGGGGUACCUCGACAUCCAACCAACAGAAAUCUGGUUCACGAUGGUUGGUUGCUAACGGCAUGGGAAAGAGCAAGAAACAUCCGUUUAUGAAGACAAAGGCUGCUCCAAAGUCGUCGGCUCCCGAACCAACGAAGGUGCAACCUCCUGGGGAUAAAGAUAAAGAUUCCUUGUGGAGCAUCUCAUCUGGGUCUAAAUGGAAAGCCUUUUCCGCAUUAAAUCCACUUGUAAGGAACCCAAAUGUUGUAUUCCCUAAUGAAAAAUUCCGGUUAAGGUGAGGGAGGAUGAAUUGCUUGCUAGCAAUUGAGCUGUUCUAUGUACAAAUAUUAGUCCUUCAGGUGGAGUAUACUCAUGAAAGAGGUAACCCAUCAGUUCUAAGAACUACGGGAAGAAUCUGUAUUUGAUCUAUAAAUAUACACAAAUACUUAGGUCGAGUGGUUUUCAUCUGUACUAUGUGAUUUUGGAUAUGUCAGCAAUUUUUUUGUACAAUAAUUUAGGGACGUGUAUCAAACUUCCGACUUGAGGUAUGGGGUCCAUGUUAAUUGAUGUGAAGCUUACUUUUUACUUUUUA